CCCGCUUCUCUCUCUCUGUAACAAAGCAUUGCUACGACUUGACCGGCUCUCUUUGAUCAUUUGUUGAUACCCAUUGCCUCAGUUUUUACCCCCUCCUCUCUCCCCCUUGCUCCCCACGCACGCGCUCACCCUCGUCUAGCUUGUAACUUACGCCCCUCCAUCCCCCAUAGCCUUGUCUCUUCCCGCCCCCGUCCCUUUCUUCACCUAAUGGACAACAAAAUGGAAAUCGACUCAGGACGAUCGCCCGAACCUCACCACCUUUCCCCUGUGUCCGACCCGGAAUCAAUACCGACUCUGGAUGGCUGGAUUGAGAGCCUUAUGACCUGCAAGCAGCUGGCAGAGCAAGAUGUACAGAGACUGUGCGAUAGGGCAAGAGAGGUGCUACAAGAGGAGUCGAAUGUUCAGCCAGUGAAAUGCCCAGUGACGGUAUGCGGAGAUAUACACGGCCAGUUCCAUGAUCUCAUGGAACUGUUCCGUAUCGGCGGCCCCAACCCCGAUACCAAUUAUCUCUUCAUGGGUGAUUAUGUCGACCGUGGUUACUAUUCCGUCGAGACCGUGACUCUCCUCGUCGCUCUGAAGAUCCGUUAUCCGCAACGUAUCACCAUCCUCCGCGGCAACCACGAAUCGCGUCAGAUCACCCAAGUGUACGGUUUCUACGACGAGUGUCUGCGGAAAUACGGUAACGCGAAUGUCUGGAAAUACUUCACUGAUCUCUUUGACUUCCUGCCCCUCACCGCUCUCAUCGACAACCAGAUAUUCUGUCUCCACGGAGGUUUGAGUCCGUCCAUCGACACCCUGGACAAUAUUCGCUCGCUAGAUCGGAUCCAGGAAGUGCCCCAUGAAGGACCGAUGUGUGAUUUGCUCUGGAGUGACCCAGAUGAUAGGUGUGGAUGGGGGAUUUCGCCGCGUGGUGCUGGUUAUACCUUCGGGCAGGAUAUUUCGGAGGCGUUUAAUCAUAACAACGGAUUGACUCUGGUUGCAAGAGCCCAUCAAUUAGUGAUGGAGGGAUAUAACUGGUCGCAAGAUCGUAAUGUGGUGACGAUAUUCUCAGCUCCAAAUUACUGUUAUCGUUGCGGAAAUCAAGCUGCCAUUAUGGAAAUCGAUGAGCUUCUCAAAUAUACCUUCCUCCAAUUCGACCCUUGCCCACGCGCCGGCGAACCCAUGGUCUCCCGCCGCACACCCGAUUACUUCCUCUAGAUAGAAUAUGUUCUCAUCAAACGCAACAAUGAACGCACUACGUGUUUAUUCCUCGAAUUUAUAUACUUAUCGUCUUUUGUUCGCUCCUUUCUUCUCGUUUUCUUUUCCCUUUUUGUGCAUUUUAGAAGAGAGAGGAUGAAAAUCCACAAAGAACGUCAAGAAGACAAUUAAUUCCCCCCCCACCCCUUCUUUUUUUUUUUCUUGUUUACAUUUUGGUCCCUGUGCCGUUUGUUGCCUCUUUCCAUAUGUUGCAAUUCAAGCAGGUUUCUACCUUAUUCUUCCUCAAUCUCAACAUGGCAGGAGGAUAAAUCCCCAUCCAAGGGCCGGAAUCGGGAUGGGAGCGGUAUAGAGGUGUCAAUCAAAAGAAUGUGGAUCGGAAUCGAAUGCAAUGUGGUGAAGAAAGUGAAAUGAACGGCGUACAGAGUUAUGAGUUCGAGUACAGGUCAAAUAUGACGAUAUCUGUUAUAG